AUGUCGGAAUACGGAGCUUUCGAAAAGACGACUGCGCGGCGCAAACCCUUUGCUCUCCGGCGGAGGACGUCGGUUGUCGGACCCUCCGUCUCUCCUUCAGACUGGGUUCACAACUGCGCAGCCCGCGAGAUGCGGUCCCGAAUUGACACGGAGGUGACGCCGAUUACUUCGGGCCUGUCGAACGCCAAUACAGAGCCUCCUCCUCCUUCAGGCCUCAAAGCCUAUCUGCGAAUCUUCACAAAUGGAGACGCACAACUGUAUGCCCUCGAGGCGGUGGCUAUCAUCGCUGCCAUAACCUCUGGAGUGGCCCUUGCUCUCGUCAAUGUUGUUCUGGGCAACUUUGUCACCAUUCUGGGCAAUGCCACGGACGGCGGGCUCUUUCCAGAUGGAUUCAUGUCUCGUGUACAGACGGCAGCUCUUCGAUUCGUGUAUAUCGGCAUUGCGCGAUUCUGUGGCACCUAUAUCUACGCGUCCCUCUUCACAUAUGUUGCUCACCGCAUGACACGAAACAUCCGCUGCGCGUUCCUCCGCGCCGCCUUGGGCCAGGAGAUUGCGUUCUUCGACCAGGGAGUCAGCGGCUCCAUAGCCAUGCAGGCAACGACAAACGGCAAGCUCAUCCAGUCUGGCACCGCCGAGAAGCUUGGUCUCUUCGUCCAGGCCAUGUCAACGUUCAUCGCCGCCUUUGUUGUGGCCUUUAUCGCCGACUGGAAGCUCACUCUGAUCAUCUCCUGCAUCAUCCCGGCCCUCCUCCUGAUCAGCGGCCUGGUCGCAUGGCUGGACGUCAUCGUGGAGACGGGAAUGCUUCAGGUGUACGGCCAGGCCGGCAGCUACAGCGAGAGCAUUCUCGGCGGCAUUCGUGCCGUGCAUGCAUUUGGCUUGCGGAACCGCCUCGUCGCCAAGUACAAGACCGACUUCCUCGACGAUGCGUACAGACGUGGCAUGAAAAAGAACGUCCUCUACGGUAUCCUCUUUGGUGGCGAAUACUCGGUGCUGUACUGCGGCAUGGGCCUGGCCUUCUGGCAAGGCAUCAACAUGGUCGACAGGGGCGAGAUUGACAACAUUGGCGUCGUCUUCACGGUUGUCUUCUCCAUCGUCAUUGCGGCCAUGAUGAUCACGUCGAUUGCACCUCACAUGCUGGCCUUUGGCCGCGCGGCGACGGCCGCCGCCGAGCUCUUCACGCUCAUUGACCGAAAGUCUGCGAUUGACCCGUUCGGCGAGCAUGGCGAGAAGCCUCGCCACGUCUCGGGGAACAUUGAGAUCCAGGAUGUCACUUUUGCCUAUCCCAAUAGACCUGAGGCGACGGUACUGCAGGACUUCACCCUCCGCGUUCCGGCUGGCAAAGUCACUGCUCUGGUGGGACCCAGCGGAUCUGGAAAAAGCACCAUCAUUGGGCUUCUGGAACGCUGGUAUGAUCCAUGUCAGGGAAGGAUCACGCUCGACGGCAUUGGCCUCGGCGAUCUCAACCUAAGGUGGCUGAGGACAAAUGUCCGUCUUGUACAACAGGAACCGGUUCUCUUCAAUGGCACCGUCUUUGACAACAUAGUCAAGGGUCUCAUCGGAACAGCCUGGGAAGAUGCCUCGACCGAAGAGAAGAAGCGACGAGUACAGAACGCCGCCGAGCUGGCCUUCGCACACGACUUCAUCAGCGACCUAGCCCAGGGCUAUGACACCCCCAUCGGACAAAGAGGUAGUCUUCUCUCGGGCGGUCAGAAGCAGAGGAUUGCCAUCGCACGGAGCAUCAUCUCGGAACCCAAGAUUCUGCUUCUCGACGAAGCCACGAGCGCGCUCGACCCGCAGGCCGAAGGCAUCGUCCAGAAAGCCCUCGACAACGCCGCGAGGAACCGCACCACCAUUACAAUCGCGCACAAGCUCGCCACGAUCCGCGACGCCGACAACAUUGUCGUCAUGUCCCACGGCCGCAUCGCCGAACAGGGCACCCACGAGCAGCUCUGCAGCCAAGGCGGUCUCUACGAAAAGCUGGUCCGCGCCCAGGACCUGGCACCUUCCAGCGAUGCCGCGUCGAACAAGACGGCGGUCGAAGACGACAGUGCCGACUGUGACCUUGAGCCGAGGUUGGCCCUCACCAAGACGCACACGCGAGAGACGUCAGAGCUCGCGGCUCUGCAGGCGCGCGAAGAUAUCGAGUCGUACAAGCCCCUCGGGUUCUUCCGAACCAUCGCCAAGCUGGUCAAGCUCACCCCUGAGCUGCGUGCAUGGUACAUCUUGACUCUUGUGACCUGCGUGGCAGGAGCCGCCAUCUUUCCCGGCCAAGCCAUCUUGCUGGCGCAGGUUCUCGACACGGCCUCGUCGCCCAACAUGGUCUCGCGGGGCAACUUCUUCGCCCUCAUGUUCUUCGUCAUGGGCCUCGGCUGCUUCGUGGCCUAUUUCGUCAUGGGCUGGGCGUGCAACAUGAUCGGCCAAGUCCUCACCCGGCGGACGCGCCACGAGCUCUUUGACUGCAUCCUCAAGCAGGACCUCCGCUUCUUCGACCGCCCGGAGAACACGGUCGGGUCGCUGAUGAGCAAGCUCGACUCGUACCCGCAGUCGAUCUUCGAGCUGAUGGGCAUGAAUGUCGGUCUCAUCACCAUUGCCGGCAUCAACGUCCUCAUCAGUGCCAUCCUCGCGCUGGCCAUCUCGUGGCGCGUCGCCGUCAUUGGUGUCUUUGUCGGGCUCCCACCGAUGCUCGUCGCGGGCUAUGCUCGGGUUCGCCUCGAGGCCAAGAUCGACGCAGACAUGGGCAAGCGGUACGCUGCUAGCUCCUCGGUGGCAUCGGAGACAACGACAGCCAUCCGGACGGUCUCGUCGCUCGCCAUCGAGCAGAGAGUUCUCGCACAGUAUGCUGAGGAGCUUGAUGCGGCCAUCCAUAAGGCGCUGCCGGGGCUGUUCAACAUGAUGAUUUGGUUUGCGCUCACGCAGUCGAUCGAGUAUUUCAUCCUGAGUCUGGGCUUCUGGUGGGGAUCAAAGCUCAUCUUUGAGGAAAAGGUCACCUUCUACCAGUUCAUUGCCUCGUUCAUGGCCGUAUACUUUUCAGGUCAAGGCGCCGGACAAAUGUUCAGCUUCUCAAGCAGUUUCUCCAAGGCCAUCCAGGCCGCCAACUACUACUUCUGGCUGCGAGACCUCGAGCCCAUGAUCCGCGAGACGGACAGCAACCGCGACAUGGCACCGGCAGAAGGCUGCAAAUCCUUCGAGCUCGAGAAGAUCAGGUUCUCCUAUCCCACAGCCCCCGACAUUCGCAUCCUCCACGGCGUUUCUCUUACCAUCAACCCCGGCGAAUUCGUCGCCUUCGUGGGCGCCUCCGGCUGCGGCAAAAGCACCCUCAUCUCCCUCCUGGGCCGCUUCUACGACCCGACAUCAGGCACCAUCACCGUCGACGGCGCCCACCCGCUCCCAGCCCUGAACCCAGCCCUCUACCGCCAAAACGUCGCCCUCGUGCAGCAAGAGCCGACGCUCUUCCCAGGCACGAUCCGCGAGAACAUAGCCCACGGCCUUCCGGAGGCACCGUCGUCAUCGUCUGCGUCUGCAUCGCCAGGUCCCGCGCCAGCAACGACAGACGCCCAGAUCGAACAAGCCUGCCGCGCCGCCAACGCCUGGACCUUCAUCGCCUCGCUGCCCGAGGGCCUCGACACGCCCUGCGGCCAGGGCGGUGGCCAGCAGCUGUCGGGCGGUCAGCGGGAGCGCGUCGCCGGACGCAAUCGAGCGUUUACGCUAUUUGGCCACUUGGAGUAG